AAGGUAAUUUUCCAAAUGUCAGUAUAUGCAAACCAUUACGAUUUACAAAGCAAGUUCCUUAUAUGUAUUCAAAUAGCUCAUAAUAGAGGUAUUAUCUCUCUGAACACUAGGAUACAGUACAGGCACAGUGAGGCACAUUUGCAGCUAGAAGUCCACUGCUUGGAAUUUAAGACUUUAAAACUAGCUCAACACACUACAAUGGCGGUUCUGGCAUCAAAUGUGGUCUUUCAGCAGCCUCAGCCAAUGUCUGUCGUUGCAGUUAAAUCAGAGCAGUGGAGUACAGGCAUCUGCGACUGUUUCGAUGACUGCUAUGUCUGCUGCUUUGCUUCGUUCUGUUUCCCGGUGUUUGCCUGCAGCACCGCAUCAGAUUUUGGAGAGUGUGCCUGUCUGCCCAUGCUGGAUAUUUGCUGCCUUACUACCCAGUGUGUCGGACUGGGUAUUUACACUCCUCCUAUAUCUAUCUCCCUGAGGUCUUCAGUUCGCCACCGAUAUGGCAUUCAAGGUGACCUGGCCUCUGACUGUCUGUAUGCCACUUUCUGCAACAUUUGCUCUUGGUGCCAGAUGUCUCGGGAGAUAAGAAGACGCCGCACGGUUUUCACUCUUAUCAGCACCCAGCCAGCAGUCAUUGCUCCUGCACCUGUGGCGAUGGCGGUAGCAUCCCAGUCCACCGUGGUCUCCCAGUCCACUGUUUCAACCACACUAACGGGCUGAGAUUAUGCUGGUUUGGCCUCUAACUGAUUUAAGCAUCUUGAAAAAAAUAAGCUAUAAUACACUUUUGUUUACCCUGUGACUAAUAAACACAAUUCAUCAUUUCACAUCA